AUGUACACAAAGAAGGCAGAAGCUUCUCGCUCCCAGAAAGGGCCCAGCGGCCCUGCCUGUGCUGCCAGCGGGCGAAAGAGCUGCGGGAGGGGAGGGCCCUCGCCGGGGAAUGGACACCCAGUCACGUUCAUCCUGGACCUGCACUUUGACCCUGCUCGCCCUCAGUACCUGCACUUUGACCCUGCCCGCCCUCAGUACCUGUGCUCUGACCCUGCCCGCCCUCAGUACCUGCGCUCUGUCCCUUCCUUGGCCAUGUCCCUGCUGCCCCUUUGUGUCCUUGUGCUCCUCUCCUUGGAGCCGUCGUGGCUCCUCCUCCUGGAUGCACGAACUCAAUACUGGCCGCCUGACCCGGACCUCAUGACCUCUGAUGCCCCGGAAGCGGACACACCCAUCUCUCCGUCUGCUGCCUAUCAACCUCCUGACCCUGCUGACCCUGAUCAUGCUGCUGACCAUGAACAACCUGGGGGUCCCGCCUUCGGCGCCAAGGCCUCCUCCGAGGUCUCAACAAGAACUAGAAGACAACCGGCCGCUUCCAGUAAAAAAAAUAUCAUAGACAUUUGUCAGCUCUGUGUCUGCCAAAAUGAAACGUUGUCCUGUACUGGCCUUCCCAAAGACAAAAUGCUCCACAGAGUGCCUAUGCCAAAGCCCAACACAUACAAUGGCACCUUCACUGUCUUAAAUUUCCAAGGAAAUGCCAUUUCUUACAUUGAUAAAAAUGUUUGGAAGGCCUACCCAUGGACUGAGAAACUGAUUCUCAGUGAUAAUUUUCUGACUGAGUUACAUAAGAAGUCAUUUGAAGGACUGUACUUUCUCCGAUAUUUAGAUUUAUCGUGCAACAGAAUAUCAUACAUUGAAAAGGGCACGUUUGAAGCAUUGCCCUUUUUGGAGUAUGUAGAUCUGGGGUGCAAUGCCAUAAGUGAAGUCAGUUUUGCUACGUUUCAGACCUGGCAUGGACUGCAAUAUUUGCAUAAUAUAAUUCUCAAUCGUAAUCCACUAACAACUAUUGAAGAUCCAUUUAUUUAUCGGUUGCCGGCAUUAAGAUAUUUAGACAUGGGAAGAACAAAAUUGUCACUCAAAACCAUUGAGAACAUCGUCAUAAUGACACUGCAAUUGCAAAAACUGAUCUUACCUAGACAUCUGGCCUGCUGCCUUUGUCAGCUUAAAACCACUAUUGAAGCUGUGGGUAAAACAGUCAAGAUACACUGUGACAGUGGAUGUCUGCAAAACAAGGCAUACUGCAGUAAAGAAGACUAUCUCAUGGAUACAGAGGGAACAUUCCUGAAGGCAUUGCAAAUACGAAAGAAGAAAACCAACAGCGAGCUUAUUAUUGAACGAGAACAAAUUACCUCAGAUGGAGGUGAUGUCAAAUUGGCAAGAAGAGGAGGUGACAGUUUUGAAACUCUACUCGAUCAGGAGCUACGACCCCUCAUCCCAAACAGUGACGUGAGAAAACUCUUUUCUCAUGUUCUCUGGACUUUGAAAACGGACUGCUCUGAUUCCCAAUUGCAGACGGCCUGUGCCAACCUCGUUUCCAGAACAGGCCUUCUUAUGAAGCUUUAUAACGAGCAGCAGGAUGAUAAGAUGUCCAAGACAGCCUGGGACACUGACCAAUGGAAAUCCGACCACUUCAUUGAUGAAGACAUGGAAAUAAUGAAUAAACAAAAAGUAAAGCUGCCAGAUGAGACCACCAUCUUUACCAAUGCCAAGGAGUUGAACACUGUGUUUGAGCUGAAGUGCAUCAUCGAGGGAAUCCUGAGGCAGCCACCUGAGGAGCAGCGCCUGAACAAGAAUGACCAGCUCCUGGAGGACAGACACCAAGACACUGGGCAAGUGUGGCUUCACCAGCAAGAUGGCGAGUCCCCAAGUUCCGGCCACAGUGGGAAUGGCCUUGUGGGUAUGUGGCAUGUUUGA